CAAGUUGGUCUCUGUUUCUUUGUCUGUCUAAUCUUGUUUUGAACGAAGGUGAGUGAGUAGGUGACACAACAACACCAAGUGGAUGGGGCUCUGCUUGCUUGGGAAGUUGAAAACUUUGAACACAACACAAGAACCGCUUACCAGGGAGACAACCAUUACCCACCCCCACCCUUCCUUUCUGCACAAAACCGCUAAACCACUGUUCCUUCAAAUUUCCACUUCAUCAACUUCAAAUUAUUCAAAAGAGAGAGAAACAAAAACAAAAAAGAGUUAUAUAUUAUUUCUAUUUGAGCUCAUCCUUUAACUCAAAGGACAACUCUCUCAUACCCAUCAGGCAAUAGAUAAACAUCUCCUUUCAAGGAAAAUAAAUAAAUAAAAAAUAAGAAAAAAGAUCUUGCAGCAGCAAGCAGCUAGGGGUCCCCCUCAUAGUUAAGAUGGAUGUGACUUGUUCAAUUUAGAGGGAUAUUUUAUACAUGUGGCUAGGGUUUACAUGCAAAAUUUGAACCCUGAUUUCAUGCAGUGAGUUGAGGAAAGAAGUCUCUAGAUAAGUUUGGAUAAGGUUUUCAGCUGCUGCAUCAUCUAUUGGGGUCCAGCUUCAGAGAUCUGAGGAAAAAUAUCCAAUUCACAAAAUCUUUUCUGGGUUUGAUUCAAAGAUGGCGAAUCGAUGGUGGACUGGGAAUGUGGCUAUGAGAAGGGAGCAAGAAUUCAUGGAAAACAACAACAACGCCGCCGGAAACGCUGUUGCUACUCCGACCAACAGCAGCAACAGCAACACCAACGCGACGGAGGAUGAGGAGAACAACAACAACAACCACAACAACGCAGAGGAGCAGAAUCCCGGCAGCCAUGAUGGGUCGGAGCCGGGGAGCAGCGGGAGGAGGCCGAGGGGCAGGCCGCCGGGGUCGAAGAACAAGCCGAAACCUCCGGUUGUGAUUACCAAGGAGAGCCCCAACGCGAUGCGGAGCCACGUGCUGGAGAUCUCCAGUGGCAGCGACGUGGUGGAGUGCAUAGCCGCCUUUGCUAACCGCCGCCACCGCGGCGUGUCGGUUCUCAGCGGGAGCGGCAUUGUCACCAACGUGACUCUCCGCCAGCCGGCUGCCCCGGGUGGCAUCAUUACCCUCCAUGGGAGGUUCGAGAUACUCUCGCUGUCCGGAGCGUUCCUGCCGUCACCAUCACCUCCGGGAGCCACCGGGCUGACAGUGUACUUAGCCGGCGGGCAGGGGCAGGUGGUUGGUGGCGCGGUUGCGGGCUCGCUGGUGGCUUCCGGGCCGGUGAUGGUGAUUGCAGCAACAUUCGCGAAUGCUACUUUUGAGAGGCUGCCCUUGGAACCGGAAGAGCAAGGUGAAGAGGAAAUGCAGGUUCGGCAGCAACAACAACAAUCAGGGGUUAAUAAUUCAUCAGCAAGUGUUGGAGCUUCUGCUACUGUGGUUUCUCAAGGAUUAGGUGAACAGCAACAACAGGUUUCGAUGCCAAUGUAUAAUUUGCCUCCAAAUUUGAUGCACAAUGGUCAGAUGCAGCCUCAUGAUGUGUUCUGGGGACCUCCACCUCGUCCUCCACCUUCUUUCUGAAGGUAGAAACAUUGUAGAAUUAUAGAGGGUUGUUAAAUGUUAAUGGUGUUUCUUCUUGCUGACUUGUAUUACUUGUGCAGUGUGUAGUGUGUUCUGACCGUUUUCUUGUAAGCAUAUCAAGGUUAGGAUGUUUUUAUCCCUUUUGUUCAUUUGGUUGUUUCUGAGAAACUCACUAGAUGUUGAUGUUUUUUAUAUGUUUAGAUACUUUUGUGCUGUUUGCUUCUCUUC